AUGGAUGAGCGAAAUGAAAAGGCCGGCUGGCAAUUGGGCACUUCCUGCGUCGGCACCCGUCAGCCCAGAAUCCACGAACCCUUUCCUCCGUCGCCGAAAAAGCGCGUCUUCGCUGGCCAUUCCCCAGUGUGUGGCAUGCCUAAUUCUCCAAAUCCAUAACUGCGCCUCGGAGCUCCUCCAUUUCGCAUUUCGGCUGCCUCGUAUUAGGAACGACGGCCAACCACAUUCCUUCGGGUCCAAUUGCCUCAAAUCUUGUUCUUCUUCUUCCUAAUGUUACGGCUAUUUACCCUCAUCACCGUCGCCGGCCUUCAGCUUAAGCUCGUCUCUUCAUUGAAGAUCACCCGCACGGCGAAGGAUCUCGAGAGUCAGCUCUACGAAGAUCUCCUUUUUGAUUAUAACAAGGUCAGUUAUUCUCAGCUUCAUGAAUGUUCCAAGCUCUUGCGCAAAAACCAAAUUACAGCCGUCAGCGUAAUUAAAUUUGCAACAUCUGCGUGAAGGAAUGUUCCUCCUUUGCCAAUACUUUGCACUUUGCCAGUUGAUAGAGAGGCUCCGAAUUGAGUUUUAAUGACACUCGAAGUGUCUGAAUCGCUUAAAAUUGAACCAUUUCUGCAAGAAAUAAAGAACUUUUUCCCAGUCUUAUUUGAAAAAAAGGAAAUUGAAAACUCUUUCCUCUUGAAAUAAACAUUUCUUCGGCCGGAUAAUAUUAUCUUACUGACCUAUUUGAAAUAGUAAGUUGGUUUAUCCUAUUUUUCAGAGCAAAAUUAACAAUUUUUCGCCAAAUUUUUAAAUAACUUUCUUUAUUAUUUUUUUGGUAAAGUUGGAAAAUUAUCAAUGCGCUUUUUUUAGAACUUUUUUUAAAGGAAAAAAACGUCUUUAGCGCAAAUCAGAUAUUUUUUUCAGGUCCCUCGACCAGUCAAGAACAGUUCCGACAUUCUGACGGUUGAAGUAGGAGCUUCGCUGAUCCGAAUAAUCGAUGUCGAUGAGAAGAAUCAAGUUUUAACCACAAAUUUGUGGCUUGAGAUGGUAAAAUCCUUUCUAAAAUGCCAAUUAAUCUUUUGUUUUCUAGAAAUGGAAUGACGCCAAAUUAACUUGGAAGCCGGAAAAGUAUGGCGGUUUGAAAACGCUUCAUAUUCCAAGUGAUUUCAUCUGGACGCCAGACUUAGUUUUGUACAACAAGUUUGAGUUUUUAGACGAAAAGCAUGGAAAAGAAGAUUUUUAGCGCCGCUGGGGACCCAGAUAUCACCAUUUUGACAGAUGCAUUGGUCACGUACGAAGGCGAUGUUUUCUGGCAGCCUCCAGCGAUUUAUAAAUCUUUUUGUCCCGUUAGUUGUAUUUUAGAAACUUCUUAGUAAUGCAGAAUUUUCAGAUCGACGUGACUUGGUUUCCUUAUGACCUACAGAGAUGUGAUAUGAAAUUUGGGACUUGGACCUAUACCGGUCGAUAUGUGGAUUUAAAACAACUUCCAAAAGGUUUAGAAAACCAUCUCUUUUUAAAUAAUCCUCAUUACUGUUAGAAAAUGUCGUCAUGGUGGAGCAAGAAGGAAGUGAAGUGGAGUUCAUGAAACAAGGCAUGGAUCUCAGCUUUUUCUAUCGAUCCGCUGAAUGGGAUCUCCUUUCUUUGACUUCUGAACGACACUCCGUUCUUUACGCGUCGUGCUGCGGUCCUGAAAAAUAUGUAGAUAUCACUUAUUACUUCAAGUUGAGGUUGGUUUUUUGAGUUGAAAUUUUAUUUUUUCUUCUCAUUUCAGACGGAAAACGUUGUUCUUCACGUGUAAUCUCAUAAUCCCCUGCUUUCUCAUUUCGAUUCUCACAACCUUCGUCUUCUACUUAUCUGACCAUAAAAUCACCUUCUCCAUCUCGAUUCUCGUCACAUUGACUGUGUUUUUCUUGGUAAGUUUGAUUCAUUCUAUUAGAAAAAAAACUUGUAAAAUUAAUAAAUCAGGUUUUAAUCGACCUCAUGCCACCGACAUCGCUUGUGAUACCAAUGUUUGGAAGAUAUUUGAUCACUACAAUGAUCCUUGUCGCAUUAUCUACGGUCGUUUCUGUGAUUACUGUAAAUUUCCGUUUCCGGUCCGGUUCGGCGCACAAAAUGUCGCCUUGGAUUCGAGCUUUCUUCCUAAAGUUCCUACCAAAGUCAGUUUUUUUUUAAUUCUGGUUAAUUCGGCUAAUUUUUGCCCAAAUACAUUUUUUUACAUGAGUUCGAAUUUUAGUGUAAUUUCCAAUAAAAAACCUAUUUUCACUGCGAUUGUUCGGAAUUUCGCCGGUAAAAAGCUUGAUUGAGGUAAAAUCAUAUCCCUGAUUUUUUUAUCAGAUCAACGGAAAGGAAAAAAAAAACACCAAAAACAAAUGGAGAGCCGGGGAAAAAGGAAAAACAUAGAAAAAAAUGCGAGUGGAGGCCUAAUUUAACAAGUCGUGGCUCUCGUUUAUUUUACGCGCCAAUGCGUUUUACGGCCGCCAGAUCUGUUUACAGUGGCCGCAAAUUGUAAAAUUAGGCCUUCGCUUGUUUUUUAAAGUUUUUUUUUUUGGUUGUUGGUGUUUGUUAUUUUUAUUUGCUUUGUGGAAUCGUUUCUUUCCAAUCUUUCAAGUUAACAUUACAAGAGUUUUGUUUUCAACUUUUCAAAUGACCUGGUAACAUUGCAUUGUAGAGCUUUAUCAGGACCUUCAGACUUUGAAUAUUCGAGUAAAAAGUAAAUUAGGGUGUUAUUGGAUUAAUAAAAUAAACUCUCGGCUCAUUAAAAAAAUUUUUUUGCGGAAGUAAAAAAAGAUUAUCUUAAAAUUCAACGUCCCAUUUUUCAGAUUACUCUUCAUGAAACGUCCUGAAAAAGACGAUUCCAAAAAGCUGGAUACCACUUUGGUUGACCCAACAACGCUUGUUGGUCCCAAUUACGUUGCCGGAGCAAAGGUUGGAACUUUUUUUAUUCUUCUGAAAAAUAUAUAAACUAUAAACCUACUCAGGCGGCGCAUGAAUAUUUGAACAGCACACGGCUCUCCACUCAACGCGAAUCGACAACUUUGCCUGGACAUUUGAGGGAGAAGCCGAGUAGUCAGGCCGUUUUGAACAACACCUUUGAUUUGAGAAUGAGGCCGAUGGAAAAUAAAAUUGAGACGGUUUGUGAAACAUUUCGAUUUUUUAGUUUGAUUUUUUUUCAACUGGAAUCUAUCAAAGUAUCUGUGGCCUUAUCAAUCUCCAACAGAGGGAAAUCCGCUUUUUUUGGUUUCGCAAACGAAAGAAGUAAUUUUUUUAACUUAUAAGCUUGUUUAAAAUUCUGUUGAAUAUUCCUCAUUCUCGCAGAAUCGGCUUCGGUUUGUUCAAAAAUUAGCUCCUUUUUCUCGAAGUUUGAAAAGCUUUGAAAUAAAUAAUUAUCAGACCGCAAUUUUUUACUUCCCUAUUUUCAGAGGAUAAAGCCAUAUCUGUGUGCUCGACCUCAAAACGCGGCUCCAACAGUCGCAUUCCGGAAAACUAAGCGACAAAAACAAAAAACGGUUGACGACGUGGUUUUCGUCAAUUUGUUACAGCAAGUUCGCUUCAUUGCUGAGCAUUUUCGUCACAAUGAACUGGAAGGAGAGGUUUGCGGUUUUUCUUUAUUUAUUUGUAAUCGGCUAAAAGCCUUUAUUUUGAUUGGAGUAGAGAAGUAACUCUUGCAAAACUUUGAUAUGACCUCACUUUUUAGCGUUAAAUUCAAUUUUUGUUUUUUUUUUCGUCUUUCACGGCUUUCUUACUCACAAUUUUUGGGUUAAAUUUAGUGAAAAUCAAAAUUAAAAUUGUAAGUUGGCGUUUGACGCGUUGCCAGCCUUAAAACUUAGAGACAUUCAUCAAAUUUUGACUGGAAGAUUUAAGCCAGACUCUUUCAAAAAAUGAGAAGAAAAAGGAAAGUCUUUAUGAAUUUUUGCCUUUAUUUAAAUUAUUCCAGAUUUCGGACGAUUGGACGUUUGUUGCAAUGGUCCUGGAUCGACUAUUCCUCAUUAUCUUCUCAGUUCUCAAUGCUGGAACUAUUUUCAUUAUCCUCGAAGCUCCAUCUCUUUAUGAUCAUUCUGAACCCAUGAAUGUCACAAUUCCCAGCAAACCUCUUGGUCAAGCCAACUUCUACAGUUCACAACUGAAGUUGUAA